AUGUCUGACUUGAAGCCUGAGCGCGUUUUCAAGCGCAAGAGCCGCGAUGGUCCUGAGGAGGCUCCUCGCAAGAAGCAGCACCGAGCUUCCGACGAAGUCCAAUUCGAGGAUUAUGGUAACGGCGACGAUGUUCCAGCCAAGUCCACCCGCAAGUACAAGGACAAGUUUGCUCCGCGGCCUGAGAGGCAAUAUCCCUCGGUCAAUGACCUGAAGAAACGCAUCCGUGAUGUCAAGCGUCUCCUCCUAAAACCAAACUUGCCUGCAGAUGCUCGAAUCCUGCAGGAGCGUGCGCUCGCGGGGUACGAACAGGAUCUUGCGGAUGAAAAUGUUCGCAGAGAGCGAUCGCAGCUCAUCAGCAAGUAUCACUUUGUUCGAUUCUUGGACCGGAAGGCUGCAAAUAAGCAAUUGAAAAGCCUCGAGCGCCGCCAACAAGAGGAGACUCUCGACUCUAAGCAGAAGAAAAAACUCGAAAGCAAGAUCCACGCCGCCCGGGUCAACGUCAACUACACCAUCUACUACCCUCUCACCGAGAAAUACAUUGCACUUUACCCAAAGUCGAAGAGCUCAGAAAGGGACGGCGCCGAGUCAGGAUCGGAAGCAGAGCCGGAACAGAAGACACACGGCGGUGAUGCGAAGCCACCAAUGUGGGCUAUCAUCGAAAAGUGCAUGGAAGAGGAUACCCUUGGCCAACUUCGCGAGGGCAAAUUGAACAUUGGAGCCGAUGGCAAACAGUCCGCGCCUCCCAGUGCGAAGGUGGUUGCAGUCACGGACCCCAAGAAGAGCAAGAAGGAGUCCCAGGAGCCGAAGGAAUCGAAGAGACUCAAGGAGUCGAAGAAACCCAAAGACACCAAGGACCUGAAGAAGGAACAACCGGCACCCAUAGAGGACAAGAGCAAGUACGACAACAUGAACCGGAGAGAUCGUCGUCGGGAGCAGGCCAAGGAACAGGCCAAGGAGGAGGCCAAAAAGGCCGCUGCUCGUGCCCAGGCCGGUGAAGAAGACAGUGACGGUGGUUUCUUCGAGUAA